UCGCGCUGCCGGGGCCUAAGCGCGCUCCCGCCGCACACAGGGCUCGGGUGGCGGCGGCGGCUCCCGACGCGCUCCCGCUCCGCCCCCUGCGCUGCCCGACGGGAGGUGCGAUGGCUUCCCGCAAGAGCUCCAGAGCCACCGGCGGCAGCCCCAGCCCCGGCUCCAGGAGAGAGACUAAGCAUGGAGGAAGCAAGAAUGGAAAGAAAGAAGGCCUCUCUGGAAGCUCAUUUUUCACCUGGUUUAUGGUAAUUGCUUUGCUGGGAGUUUGGACGUCAGUAGCAGUUGUCUGGUUUGAACUUGUAGAUUAUGAAGAAGUUCUAGGCAAGCUUGGGAUAUAUGAUGCUGAUGGAGAUGGAGAUUUUGAUGUGGAAGAUGCUAAAGUAUUGCUAGGCCUUAAAGAAAGAUCUGUCCCAGCACAGCCAACAUCACCAGAAUCUGAAGAGAAUGUCCAGCCUGCUGAAAAGUCAUAUGUCGAGUCAGAGCACAAGACUGCUGACAUAGAAUUGGAAGAGGAAAUUCAAUCUGUUCUUCAUGAAGCUCUCCAUUCCCAGCCUGGAGAGAGACAUGAAGAUGUAGAUGAAAGUGUAAGUGACCAGUGGCAAGUAAAGGAAGAAAUACAUGGAGAAACUUUUGAAGCUCCUGCAGAUGACAUGCUCAGAGAAUUUGAGACUGAAAUUCCAGAAGCAUAUGAGACACCAGACUCAGUUCAGAAAGAUGCUGAUCCUAUGGUGGAUGAUGCUGGAGCAGUGGAGUCUGAAUCAUAUGAAAUUCCAGCCUUAGAUGAUUAUGUUGCAGAUUUGGAAGAGAGAGUAAGUGAUCCAGACACUCCAGGUGACUCUGAGAUAAUGCCAGAAGAUCCGAUGGAACAUUAUGCAGAGGAUAGAGUGCAUGAAGAUUAUAGUGAAGACCAAGAACCAAAACAUGAAAAGCAGACUGAGAUUCAAGAUACAGAGGAAAUUAAUGAAGAUUUUGGUAUGGCUAAAGACCUCUCAGGAAUAGAAAAUAAGCAAAUAGAAGAUGACGUGGCCAUUGAACCAGAGGAAUCAGAAAAACCUGUUAAAGCUGAAGAUUAUUCAGAUGAUGUUCAAGUGGGGAAAAGUGAAAAAGAAACGGAACAAGACAAAACAGAAAAAGCUAAAAAGAAGAAGAAGCCAAAGCUCUUAAACAAGUUUGAUAAGACCAUUAAAGCUGAACUAGAUGCUGCAGAAAAACUACGUAAAAAAGGAAAAGUUGAAGAAGCUCUAAGGGCCUUUGAAGCAUUAGUGAAUCAAUAUCCACAAAGUCCUCGAGCAAGAUACGGGAAAGCACAGUCUGAAGAUGACUUAGCUGAGAAAAUGAGAAGCAAUGAGAUGCUGCAACAAGCUAUCAAAACCUAUGAUGAGGUGGUUAGUCUGCCAAACGUCCCUUCAGACCUGAUAAAACUGAGCUUGAAGCGAGAAGCAGACAGGCAGCAGUUCCUUGGUCGCAUGAGGGGUUCCCUGGUUACUCUACAGAAAUUAGUUCAGCUGUUUCCCAGUGAGACUUCAUUCAAGAAUGACCUUGGUGUUGGUUACCUCUUGAUAGGAGAUAACAGCAAUGCUAAGAAAGUAUAUGAAGAGGUUCUAAGUCUGGCUCCAAAUGAUGGCUUUGCCAAAGUACAUUAUGGCUUCAUCCUGAAGGCAGAAAACAAGAUAGCAGAGAGCAUACCUUAUCUACAGGAAGGACUGGAGUCUGGUGACCCUGGCACAGAUGAUGGACGUUUUUAUUUUCAUCUGGGUGAUGCGUUACAGAGAAUGGGAAACAAAGAGGCAUACAAGUGGUACGAACUUGGAUACCAAAGAGGUCACUUUGCAUCAGUUUGGCAGCGCUCCCUCUACAAUGUCAAGGGACUGAAAGCUCAGCCUUGGUGGACAGCAAAGGAAACUGGGUAUACAGAACUGGUGAAGUCCUUAGAGAAAAACUGGAAGCUCAUUCGGGAUGAAGGUCUUGCUGUGAUGGAUAAAAAACGAAGCCUCUUCCUGCCUGAAGAUGAGAACCUACGGGAAAAAGGAGACUGGAGCCAGUUUACCUUAUGGCAACAAGGGAGAAAAAAUGAGAAUGCUUGUAAAAGUGUUCCGAAAACAUGUGCUUUAUUGGAAAGAUUCCCAGAAGCUACUGGCUGCAGAAGAGGGCAGAUCAAAUAUUCUAUAAUGCACCCAGGGACUCAUGUGUGGCCCCACACAGGGCCCACCAAUUGUCGGCUGAGGAUGCAUUUGGGCUUGGUGAUCCCUAAGGAAGGCUGCAGAAUACGGUGUGCCCAAGAGAACAGAGACUGGGAAGAAGGGAAAGUCCUUAUUUUUGAUGACUCUUUCGAACAUGAAGUAUGGCAGGAUGCUGAAAGUUAUCGCCUGAUAUUCAUUGUGGAUGUGUGGCACCCUGAGUUAACAGCUCAACAGAGACGUACCCUUCCUGCUAUUUAGGGGGUUUCCUCUGAUGUGUGGAGCAGAGGAGUAUUAGAUCCUUUGGAGGAUGAAAAUAGGAUUAAUUUAUCCAGCAUACAAAAUAUACAAGCAUUUUAAGGGUAAGAAAAGAUAUGGAUGACAUUCUACAAUCAGAGUGGACUUGGUUUAAAAGCAAAAAGAAGCCAUGUUUUGUUUCAUACUGAUACAGCACUGAUGUGUAUUGUUUUUCUGGCUGCAAUUCUAAAAACACAAGUCUUGUCAGCCAAAAAGCAAUAGAGUUUCAAACUGAGGAAUAUGCAGAUGUUUUUGCCAUGCCUGUAUUUUCUUUACAAAACCAUUCAGUCAGUCACAUGCUUGACUAUAUUCAGGCACAUGAUUUAUAAUUUUACAUCUAGGGAAUACUUCCUGGCUUUCUGUCUGGGAAGCAACAUGUAAGAUAUUUGCAAAUGUAUGCACACAAUCGACUUUGAAAAUCAGUAUGCAGGUGUAAUGUUAGCUGCUUUAGGCAUAGAACACGUCCCUAUGUUAUCACUGUAGAUAAUGUGAAUGAGUUAUGUGUUUUUUGUACUUUUUCUACCUGAUUAACUGUAUUUUUCUAGCUUAAUUAUGAACAAAUCUUUAAUUAACCACUAUUUUUAAAAAAGGUGAUAUAUAUACAAGUGCAUCUCUAGCUAUCAGCAGAAGGAAAACACAAUAUAUGAACAAAUUUCAUUUUUGCCAAGUGUACCAAGUGUGGCCUUCUUUUGCCUUCCUGGAAAUGUAAACAGAAACUUGCAUAAUAGCUGCCUAGUGAAGCUUUGUUCUUCUAAAACAGAAUCAUUCUCUUAGUCAGCAGGUGACCUUCAGUUUGAUAAUGUGAUUUUGGAAAAUGUUGAGCAAAUCUGACAUUUUUAGGCUCAGGUCUUGCAGUACUUAACCAUUCUUAGGAUUAUAUGGUGAGCUGCUGUUUCUCCUAUCAUUACAAAAGCUUCUGGUGUAAUAUCCUUUCUCUACCCACCGAGGGUCUGGGGCUCCUCCUUGGCUAUCCUUGGGUGAUCAUUCAGCAGAAAAAAACGUAUAUGAAGAAUUCCUUGUGCUUUGGGCAGACGGACAAGGUCUAACUUGGCUUCCUGCCAGAAUGCAGAGCAGAUGAAGACCUUCAAGUUAUUACCUUGUAUUAAGUUCCACUGCCAGCAUCCUACAGAGUGCUAGAAUGAGCCUCUAAUUGACUUAAUGGUGUUUUCCUUGUCUUGAAAUGUGUGACAUAAUGCUGAAGUAGUCUGAUCCCAGUACUGUUUACAGUGUACAGUGUAUUUGCCAUACAGAAUUUACUAUAUGAUAGAAAGGCCUAUUUUCAAGAAAGAAAACUAAUUUGGUGUUUAAGGAGUUGGCAGAUCUUUUGGGUCUGUACUGUUUAAUGAGAGAUGGAGUGUGCAGGACCCUCUACUUUUAACUUCUAAGAACACUAACAGGAGAGAGAGAGCAGAGAUUGCGCUGCUGAUGUUUUUGGCUGGCUGUUAUCUCCUCACCCGCAGCACCAGCUGGGUGUGGACAGGUGUGCUAGGAUGCUCUGGGCAUCAUUACUGAGGGUUGUGAGUGACAAACACUAAGCAAGGAGGCACUGAGAUUACUUAUUCUCUGUAGCUUUGACUUUCUUGUCCAAAAGACACAGAACAGUUUUUAUUUGUGUAGUACUCAGUGGUUUAUUACUGCAGAGUCUACAUCAUGGCAUUGGAGUAUCGUGACCUGAAUGUCACAUUUGCUGAAGCAAACUGCAGAUAAGAGCUUUGCAUUCCCAUAAAUGGAAUGCUUUUCAGAUCCUUGUAUUUUACAAGGUCAUUAAAUCUUGUAAUGCCAUAUAACACAUGGUGACUGCACCAUAAAUUAGGGUAAACAGUUUCUGGAAGUGUGCACUUUAAUUUCCUUUUUUGAAUAUUAAACUGAUAAACCCUCUCUUAUCAAGAGCCACUUUUAGACAGCUAAGAUAAUUAGAUUUUAACAUGUUGUCCAUAUCAAAGAUAAUCAUGAAACUAUACACAAUGUACAAGAAAGUAACAGUUCUCAGUUAAUAAUAAUGAAAAUCUGUAAAGAUUUAUAAGUUUUGCAUAAUAUAAACUUACUUUUGGAGAUCAUUUGGAGAAUCAUGCAAAACUGGAAAUAAGGUACUUAUUGUGGGGAGUAAAAGAGUAAAAAUGUUUUUUAAAUAUCCUGUUAGCUGUCAAGUUAAAGCCUAUAUUUUAUAUCUUUUUGAAGUGAUCAAGCAGUACAAAUUAUAAGGUAAUUCUCUAAAAUAAAGACAGUGGGUGUAAAUAAAAAAUCAAGAACUUUUUAAACAAAAAUUGAUGGUUUAGGAAUAUUUUUAUUAAUGUUGCAUUUUAGUUUCUAUAGCUCGGAGUAAAUGCUAAAGGAGUGGUAAAAGCUUUGGAGCUUUAUUUAUGAAAAUCCAUGCCGUCCUUCAGAUUAUUUCAUUGUUCCUAUUUUAGGCUCAUACUUUAUCUUGUCCAAUUGCAAUUGACGAAUAGAUAAAAUUGGCAAAUAGAUAAAAGUAAUCUCCCCAAGAUGUGCGUGUGCCAGAGCAGCGCUGUUUAUUAGAUUGUGUAGUGAUACAUUGGCCAUUUAAAAAUCUUAAGUGCCUCAAAUAAGACAAGGUGUUCCUGCAACACUGAAGGGAAUCUAUUCUAUGUCCACCUGUCAGGGAGCAAAGAGUGGAUAAUUUUGUUAGGUACAGUUACUGGAUUAGCUCUGUACAUCGGGAGGAUACAUAGAGCAGAAAUUCUGCAUGGAAUUACUGGCAUAUUGUUUUAGGUGUUCCUGUUUGCCAAGUAGUAUUCUGUCUUGGAAAAGCUUUUCAAUAUUGGAAAGGCCAAGGGAAGAAGUGAAGGGAAGUGUUUUUUUCAAUGGAGAUCCAUUGCCAUUUACGUUUUUUUUUUUUAGAUUUAUUUACAGAAGAAAAUGGCAGACAAGGGCAAUAUAGUUUGUAACACAGUAUGUACUCAUCACCAUGUUCCUCCCUGCCUGUUGUUACCUGGCUUGCACAGAAUCCAUGUAAGAGCCUAUGGUUAAAUGCAGGCUUCAUACAGUUAUAUACAAGGCAUCAUAUGCAUUUAUUCAUAUCACAGUUAAAGAAAGUCAUGUAUCCUUUGCGAGGUUUGAUCCUCAAGGACUAGAUUUCAGUGGAAUUUGCACUUCUUGGGCAGGACAAGACCCACUUUAAUGAACAGUGAUUGUAACAGAUCAUCACAAAGAUUCAAUGGCAGUGGGGAUAAGAGUAUUAACAGAGAAAAAUCACAAACCAAAGUAUUUCUUCCUCAGUGCUGCCAUAUAAUAGCAAAUGUCUGUCUUUCUUUGUCUCUUUGGGUUUUUACUUUCUGCUUUAGUCUCUGUGAGUCCAGGGAAGAGAAAGGAGCUGCUACCAGACCUUGACAUCCUUGUUUCCUGUAAUAGGUGAUGAUGUUGUCAUGUGGGGGAGGAUGGAAGAAACCCCAAAGAUAAAAGGGCUCAGUCAUCUUGUUUUUCUAAUGUUCCUGCAAGCUUCUGCUUCUUUUUCUGACUCCUGUGUUGCCUUGCUGGGACCAUCCACAGCCUUAAAGGCUGGCUCUCUAUCCUGGAGGCCAGGCUUUAUAUCAAUGACAUGUUGCUGCAGUAAGAGGUUAGUCUGAGUGAGGUUAUUCUGUACAAAAACUAGUGGGUAAAUCACAGGUGUGUUGAUAGGAUCUGGCAGGAUGUCCUUUCUGCCCUAUGCAGGCAUAAAAUGUUGCUGUAGAUAAAGGCAGUAUUUCCAUCUGUUAGGGCUGGCCAUGUCCACUUGAACGAUAUCAUCACUUCAGCCUAACACUUGAGAAUUCAGUGGGUGUUCCAGUGCACAUUAAAAACCCUUGUGCCCAUUAUCAUCUCAUUUUGUAUGGAUGGUUUACACUGCUACCUUUGAUAUAUUGUUGCCAACCGCUUGUUCUAGUAAAUUGUCACUGUAUGGCAAUUUAAUUGAAGAUUUAAAGUGUUUACAGUGAUUGUAACUGUUUUAGGAAAUAAAGUCACUGCACAUGCAAUUUGAUAA